UUGAUUUUUUUGUUGGGAGCGAAAACAGAGGAUGUGUUAAUGUCCCGCCUCAGGCUGGGACUUUCUGUUUCUCCAUUAAUACGCUAGAGGUCUUUUGGGCUGCUAGGAAACGGAUUGGGAGGGAACUAUUGGGGGAUCCUUCGGUUUCGAUUAAAGGAUUGAAAGUACCUAGACGAACUGGGAAACUAUGAUGCGCGUUGUGCAAUAGUGGCGUCUUCUCAUCAACCAGAUUUGUUUUAUUAUCAGCAACUCGUGGUAACAUAUCGCCUACUUUAUAACCAUAGUCGCUGGUCUUUUAAUUGGUUUAACGCCAUACGUGUACAUUUUUGGACGUUCAUCUUUUUUUGAGUUUGUGGGCGUGACGAUGAUCGGCGGUGGCUCGAUCCGCCGCUGAUUUCGGUCCUUUUGCUCGUUUCAUUCCUUUUUCUCGUUUCGUUCCAGCACUCCGGGAUGGAAUCACGCCUGUCAGCGUUGCUGUGCCUGCCGUGGGUGCUCCAGUGUGUCUUUUGCCGCGACGUCACCGUCCCCGCUGGGCCGCUGUACCGCGUGGCGGGGUUCCCGAUGACACUGCCCUGCUCAGUGACCGGGUACGAGGGCCCGCGCAUGCAGAACUUCGAGUGGUUCCUGUACCGCGAGAACUCGGGCAGCCAGCAGAUCGGCGUCAUCUCCACGCAGGACCGGGGUUUCUCCUACGCCCCCUUCCAGCCCCGCGUCCGUUCGGGCGAGGUGCGGGUGGAGAGGGACUCGGGUGACCGGGCCGCUCUGGUGGUGCAGAGGCUGCAGCCUGAAGACCAGGGGCGCUACGAGUGCUAUACCCCCAGCACUGACACGCGGUACUAUGGCAACUACAGCGCAUCUGUGACUGUCAAAGUGAUCCCCGAUACGCUCCAGAUAAGCCACUCCCACUCUCUGAGCCGCCAACCACUGAUAGAAGGGGCGGAGCUGCAGCUGACGUGCGAGGCCGCCGUCCAAUCCAAAGAGCACACUCACCUGUCCGUCACCUUUGGCGUGCGGGGCGGGGCUGGAUCCGGGGCUGUUAUCAGCGGGCAGGGCCAUAACCUGAGGGAGAUCAUCAGCAUUGGCCGUGAGCUGGCCGUGAUCCCCGGCCGGGGCGGAGACUAUGAGAGGAGGUACCAGGAUGGUGAGAUCUCCCUGGAGAAGAGGAAGGGGAAGUCCGCGGGUGACCGGGACCUGUAUGUUAUGAAGAUGGCCACUGUUGCCCCGAGCGACUCCGGUGCCUAUUUUUGUGAGGCGACCCAGUGGAUUCUGGACCCAGAUGGAAGCUGGACAAAGCUCGCCCACAGGACAAUGGAGCUGGGCGUCCUGACUGUGAGGCCGCUGGCUGACAGCAUGACGGUGAGCACCACCCCCAGUGGGGCGGUAAACCUGCCCAUCGGCUCCCCCCUCAGGCUGACCUGCGAGGUGUCCGGUGUGGGAGUCUGGAACCGCUCGGCACUGCUGGUGAGGUGGACGCGGCGGGGGGGCGGGGAAGGUGCGCCGGCGACGGCCCCCGAGGUGGAGGUGGCCCGGCUGGGUCCGGAUGGGGUGGCGAGCUGGGGAGACGACACGAGCCGCGGCGGGGGCGGCGCCGUGGAGAUGGAGGCCCAGGGGCGGUACUCCCUCCGGCUGUUUUCGGCACACCCCGCCGACUCGGGCACAUAUCGCUGCAUCGUCAGCAUCUUCGCCGGACGCCGCGACCCGGGACCAUCCAGUCCAGCCUCCGUUACCCAGAGGUCCAAUGGGGUGGCCAUCAGCUUCACAACCAAAGAGGUCCGUGUGGCCGCCACGGCUACGCUAGUGCGCGGACCCCUCCUAAAGCGGGGCGACACCGUCACUUUGCUCUGCAACGUUACCGUGACGACCACGGGCCCGUACCAAGUGGAAGUGCAGUGGUUCCGUAAGAGGGAGGAGCUGGGGUCGACCGGGGAGGUGCCCACGGGAGACGGGGACGCUCCGCUGCUGGCGGCUGUGACGCACGAGGGCCUGUCCCGUCUCCACGGCAACUUUGGGGACGUGAGCGUGGACCAACCAGAGCACGGUUACUACCGGUUACGAAUCCAUGGUGCCCAGAUGCAAGACCAGGGGUACUACACAUGCCAGGCAGAGGUGUGGGGGCAGGACCCGCAUGGGGCUUGGUACAGCACAGGGGAGGCGGCAAAAUCCAUGCCCGUCAACGUCUACUUGUAUUCCCGUGCGAUCGACCUCCUCCUCAUUCCCCUGAUAGUCGGCGUGUCCUCAGCCCUCUUUGUGGGCGUGGUCGUCGCUGGCACAGUGACCUGCUGCUUCAUGAACCGCCUGGCCAGGCGCCGCUCUCAGAAAUAGCCCGCAUGCUUCCGGGAGAUGGUGGGGGGGGAACGGCUGCCGCGUCGUGUAGAUGUUUACUUUAGCGAUCACAAACUAGACGUGUGACAUGCAGCAGGUCUCAGGAAAGAGUAGAAGGGUUCGCGGAAACGGACAUCGUGGAGAACCCGCAGCUGGACCCUGUAACGUAGAAAGUCCGUCACUGCAAGUCUGUCGUCCGUGCCAGUUUUUCAUAAUCGUAAAAACCGUCCUAAGGCCGUCCCUCAGAAGGGAAUCUGAAUUCUUAGCCAACAGCCAUAAGCUCAUUCCCUCGACAGGGGGGACAAAAAGGUUUUUUUUUAAUAUCCCUGGUUUAUAUGUGACUUACUUGAGUGUGUUGUUAAAAGAUCUCAGGGCAGGAGUUACCAUGUGGGGGAAAAUACAGAGUAUAAAUGACAGUUAAAUGCUGGUAAACAUGCCACUGAUUGUAAAGUCAUCUCCGGUCUUCAUCUGCCCACUAGGGUCACGUUCUGCAGUCGUUACUGAGUGAAGGUCUGUGGGUGAUAUCCAAGGGCAGCUGAUGGCCGCUGCUGCCCGGUCAGCGCGGUAAAUGGAUUUCCCUUGGCAGGAGGUCGCUGCGGAGCGGUGUGGCGCGGCGCGGUUAGCUUUGGUGUGGCUGGUGCUGAGUGGAGAGACCACACUGUCGCAGAAGCGUGGGAGCGCUGGGCCGCAGCGCCGGCUUCUCACACCCCAAAGUCGCGAGGGCGAGGCCUGGCGCCCAGACACCUGCCGCGGGCUCAGGAAUUCAACUAGUUAACUUAGCUAGCAGUUUGGGCAGCUUCAGUCAAACAGUGCAGUAUUAAAAACACGUGUGUAUUCAGGGGAAGUGAGAUGCUUUUAUUUUACUUUAGUUUUUUAUUUCUGUGAAGUGCAGGUAGUCACGCAGCAGGCUUUCAGAUGUUUACUUUUCAGAUGUUUACUGCGUUCUUCACGUUGGGUUCCAGCUGGUCCCCAGUUUACUGCAGUCUGGCACUAAGUGAGGAAUGAGGCUUUGAAGCCACGCUGGGUGGGACUUGUGUGCUGUCAGUCAUUGGCAACCAGUUUCUGAUUGGUGAAUCCAUUGGUUCCUAUUGGGGUAAACUAGGCAGUGAUUGGUCACCUCUGAUAGUCACGGCCAAUGUGGGCUUCAAAGUGGUGCAUUGUGUCAGAGUAGCCCACCUGGGUCUCUUGAACCUUUGGUAACUGUUUUUUUUUGUCUGGUCACUCCAUGCCUCACCCUGGCUGCUCACUCCAACAGCAUCGUCGGCAUUUCCUUGUGUUUUGGGAUCUGCAGUCUGCUUAAAUGAAAUGUGGUGCUGCGUGCUUGAGCAGCUAAGCUUCUGCAGCCUGGUUCUGAACGUGGAUGGAGGUUGGACUGGAGGCCUGUCCAUCACUCUGCAGUAGUGCUAUUUGCUUCAUUUCAGUAGCAUCCAGUUGUUGCCCCUGUAAAAUUAAAUCCUUUAAUAUAAAAGGAUUCCCAGCAUCCUAUAACUAGUAUCGUAACCACUAACUCGAGCCUUUGCAUAUUAUGAAAAGAAGACUGUACUGCCUUUGGUAUUUACCUACAGGGAUGAACUCCCUAAAACUGAUUUAUCCCUGAAACUAAACAGUCCGUGCGAUUGUGGUGCUAAAUGACGUUAAGAUGGUUCUGGAUGGAAUUAAUGACGUUCAUGUGAAGUAGCUCCUAAUCCCUACUUUACGGUUUCCUCUCUUUGAUUCUCUGCUGCACGAACUGUGUAAAUAUCUCGUUCACUGAAUAUGUCCUUGAAAACGGGCAUUUCCCUGUGUGAACAUGGGCUCCAAUACAAAUGCAUGUUAGUGUGGAUAUAGGGGCUGUCGAAUAAGCACUGUUCUGUUUUGCGAAUAAUGUAUUUUUAUGAGCUCGUAAAACUUUUAAAAUUGUGACACGUUUUCAUGUACACAGUUAUUUUGUGUAAUGGUUCUUUGCAAAUGGCCAAUAAACAGUGCAUUGAUAACU